CGGAGCCUCCGCCCCGCCGCCGCAGCGGGGAGGCGCUGCCGCCGGGGCCCGGGCAGCGGAGCGGGGAGGUUUCUUCUGAAUUUGCUGCAUCCUGUCCUCAUGAUAUUACGCUAGCAUGCUGUGGAGCCGUGAUGGUUGUGAAGUCCCUCACUAGCAGUGAAGAAAAACCAUUUGCUGUGGCAGAAAGCUGGUGUAAAUGACUGCUCCUGCCUCCCAGAGCAAGAUAACCUGCUCAGUCAGCUGGAGUCCCCUGCGGACAGCUGUCUCGCUUUUAGCUGAUGGAAAACUGCAACUAACCACUGAAUGGAAGAGCGUGGAGCAGCAACCAUUCUAGCAGCAGCCGCCGCUGCAGCAGCAAGAGCGAGCAAGGACUCUAUUGUUCCCUGGUGUUAAACAGUUUUUCCUUUUCAACUGCCAUGCACAACAGCGGGAGAGAGCUUUCCAGUCCCCUCCUCCCCGUGAAGAAAUUCUGAAGAGGGAGAAUAUCAUUUGAAGAAGGUUUGGUGGCCGUGCCGUGGGGUUUGCGGGCGGCAGCAGGCUGCUGGAGGCAUGGGGUUGAGCGAAGGGAGCGCUGCUCUCUGCCGCGGUCCAGGGCUUCCCCCCGUGCCAGCCCGGUGCGCGGGAGUGCUGCUGCUGCUGCUGCUGCUGUUGGCAACCUGGGACGCUCGGGCACAAAGUGAAUUCCAAACUUCCUCGGUGUAUUUGUGGAAGACCGGUCCGUGGGGGAGAUGCAUGGGAGAUGAGUGCGGUCCAGGUGGCAUCCAGACGCGAGCAGUGUGGUGCGCCCACGUGGAGGGCUGGACCACGCUGCCCACGAACUGCAAGCAGCCCGAGCGGCCGGACAACCAGCAGAGCUGCUUUCGGGUCUGCGACUGGCACAAAGAGCUGUACGACUGGCAGAUCGGCAGCUGGAACCAGUGCCGGCCCGUCCUCUCCCGCAGCCACGAGAAGCCCCUGGAGUGCCUCAGGGGGGAGGAGGGCAUCCAGACGAGAGACAUCACCUGUAUCCAGAAGUCCAACGGGGUGCCAGCCGAGGACGUUAUCUGUGAGUACUUCGAGCCGAAGCCCCGCCAGGAGCAGGCAUGCCUCAUCCCGUGCCGGCAGGACUGCAUCGUGGCCGAAUUCUCCCCCUGGUCGGAGUGCUCCAAGACCUGCGGCAACGGGCUUCAGCACCGGACUCGGCACGUUGUGGCCCCGCCGCAGUUCGGUGGCUCCGCUUGUCCCAACCUCACCGAGUUUCAGAUCUGCCAGUCCAGCCCCUGUGCCGCCGAGGAGAGCCUCUAUAGCCUCAACGUGGGACCCUGGAGCGCUUGCUCGGUGCCCCACUCCAGACAAACCAGGCAAGCCCGAAAACGAGGGAAAACCAGGGAGAAGGAAAAGGACAGAGAGAAGGCAGUGCGGGAUCCCGAAGCGCGGGAGCUGAUUAAGAAGAAGAGGAAUCGGAACAGACAGAAUAGGCAGGAGAACAAAUACUGGGACAUACAAAUUGGGUACCAGACCAGGGAGGUCACUUGCACGCACAGGAAUGGGAAAACCACUGCUCUGAGCUUCUGCAAGCAAGAGAGACUGCCCAUUACAUUCCAGUCCUGCGUGCUCACAAAGGAGUGUCAGGUGUCGGAGUGGUCAGAGUGGACCCCCUGCUCUAAAACCUGCUUUGACAUGACAACCCCUAAAGGCAAUCGUACCAGAUCACGGACCAUAAAACAGCUCCCUAUUGGCAGUGAAAGCGAAUGCCCACAGCUAGAAGAGGCAGAGCAGUGUGUUACCCAAGGAGAUGGUGUGGCACCCUGUAUUACGUACGGCUGGCGGACCACAGAGUGGACAGACUGCCGAGUCGAUCCGCUCCUUAGCCAACAGGACAAGAGGCGAGGAAAUCAGACGGCGCUCUGCGGAGGUGGCGUUCAGACCCGGGAGACCUACUGCGUUCAAGCUAAUGAAAACCUCCUCUCCUAUUUAAAUACCCUUAAAGAAAAAGAAGCCUCAAGGCCAGUGGACCGUAACCUGUGUACGGGACCUCUUCCCAGCACCUCCCAGUUGUGCCAUAUCCCCUGUCCUACGGAGUGUGAGACCUCAGCGUGGUCAGCCUGGGGACCAUGUACCUAUGAAAGCUGUGAUGACCCUCAGGCCAAGAAAGGCUUUAAGCUAAGGAAGCGGCGCAUCACCAAUGAGCCUACGGGAGGAACAGGGAACUGCCCUCACCUUCUGGAAGCCAUCCCAUGUGAGGAACCCUCCUGCUAUGACUGGAGAAUCAUAGGGCUGGAGGAGUGCAUUCCUGACAACGAGAAGCCAUGUGGCCCUGGCACACAGGUUCCUAUUGUCGUCUGUGUCAACAGUGAUGGAGAAGAGGUUGACAGACAGCUGUGCAGAGAUGCUAUCUACCCAAUCCCCAUCGCCUGCGAAGCUCCGUGCCCAAAGGACUGUGUGCUCAGCAUGUGGUCUGCCUGGUCCUCCUGCUCGCACACCUGCUCCGGCAAAACCACAGAAGGGAAGCAGAUGCGUGCCCGCUCCAUCCUGGCGUACGCAGGUGAAGGAGGAAUACAGUGCCCAAACAGUAGUGCUCUCCAGGAAACACGCAGCUGCAACGAGCACUCUUGCACCGUGUACCACUGGCAGACUGGCCCGUGGGGGCAGUGCAUAGAGGACACGUCUGUCUCUGCUUUCAACUCCUCUGCCAGCUGGAAUGGGGAGGCCACCUGUUCCGUGGGGAUGCAGACAAGGAAAGUCAUCUGUGUGAGAGUCAACGUGGGACAAGUGGGCCCAAAAAAAUGCCCUGAGAGCCUCAGACCAGAAACUGUGAGACCUUGCCUGCUUCCCUGUAGGAAAGACUGUAUUGUGACUCCAUUCAGUGACUGGACAUCAUGUCCUUCUUCAUGUCAAGAAGGGGGUGCCACAGUCAAGAAGCAGUCCCGUCACCGAGUCAUCAUCCAGCUCCCCGCCAACGGUGGUCGAGAGUGCCCAGACUCAUUGUAUGAGGAGAAGGAAUGUGAAGCUUCUCCUGUCUGCUAUAGCUACAGGUGGAAGACCCACAAGUGGCGCAGAUGCCAGCUGGUACCAUGGUACGUGCGCCAAGACAGUCCAGGAGCUCAUGAGACCUGUGGACCUGGGCUACAAGCAAGAGCAAUUACUUGUCGCAGACAAGACGGAGGACAGGCUGACAUCAGUGAGUGCCUUAAAUACUCUGGCCCCUUACCAUCCUUAACGCAGACGUGCCAGAUUCCCUGCCAGGAUGAUUGUCAGUUUACAAACUGGUCAAAGUUUUCUUCCUGUAAUGGGGACUGUGGAGGAGUCAGGACACGGAAACGCACUCUAGUCGGAAAGAGUAAGAAGAGAGAUAAAUGCAAAAAUUCUCAGUUGUAUCCUCUGAUUGAGAAUCAGUUCUGCCCCUGUGACAAGUACAGCGCUCAGCCUGUGGGAAAUUGGUCCGACUGUAUUUUACCAGAGGGUAAGCUGGAGGCACUGCUGGGGAUGAAGGUGCAAGGAGAUGCCAAGGAAUGUGGACAAGGCUAUCGCUACCAGGCCAUGGCGUGCUACGACCAGAACAACCGGCUGGUGGAAACGGCACGGUGCAACAGCCACGGUUAUAUUGAGGAAGCCUGUAUCAUUCCCUGCCCCUCGGACUGCAAGCUGAGUGAGUGGUCCAACUGGUCUCGCUGCAGUAAGUCCUGUGGCAGUGGGGUAAAGGUUCGCUCUAAAUGGCUCCGUGAAAAACCCUACAAUGGUGGAAGACCCUGUCCAAAGCUAGAUCAUGUCAAUCAGGCUCAGGUGUACGAGGUAGUUCCCUGCCACAGCGACUGCAGCCAGUACAUAUGGGUUACUGAGCCCUGGAGUGUCUGCAAGGUGACCAAUGUGGACUUGAAAGAGAACUGUGGAGAAGGUGUUCAAACAAGGAAAGUCAGGUGCAUGCUAAACAGCGUGGAUGGUCCUUCUGACACUGUAGAGGACUAUCUGUGUGAUCCUGAAGAGAUGCCACUUGGAGCUAGGAAGUGCACAUUGCCGUGUCCUGAGGACUGUGUUAUGUCUGAAUGGGGGUCAUGGUCUCAGUGUUCUUUGCCAUGCAAUGGAAGUAGUGUCCGUGAAAGGUCAGCUGAAUCCUUGAGACAGCCAGAAGAUGGAAAGUCUUGUCCUGCUGCCACCGAGACAGAAGUCUGCACCUUGAACAAAAACUGCUUCCACUAUGACUACAACGUGACAGACUGGAGCACCUGUCAGCUGAGCGAGAAGGCUGUCUGUGGUAAUGGUAUCAAAACACGGAUGCUCGACUGCGUUCGCAGCGAUGGCAAAUCGGUUGACCUGAAGUAUUGUGAAGAGCUUGGCCUGGAGAAGACAUGGCAAAUGAAUACGACCUGCGUGGUGGAAUGUCCUGUCAACUGCCAGCUCUCUGACUGGUCCCCUUGGUCUGAGUGCUCUCAAACGUGUGGCCUUACAGGCAAAAUGAUCAGAAGAAGGACCAUAAAUCAGCCAUUUCAGGGUGAUGGGAGGCCUUGUCCAUCUCAGAUGGAGCAAUUCAAACCCUGUCCAGUAAAACCUUGUUACCGAUGGCAAUACGGUCAAUGGUCUGCAUGUAAAGUAGAGGAUGCUCAAUGUGGAGAGGGAACACGAGUGAGGAACAUUUCAUGUGUGGUUUUUGAUGGAUCCAUUGAAGAUGCUGGCAAAGCGGUGGAUGAGGAAUUCUGUGGAGAAAUAGAGCCAAUUAUAGAUGGCAAUAAGAAGAUAAUACUUGAGGAAACCUGCACUGUCCCUUGUCCAGGGGACUGUUACUUGAGAGAGUGGUCAGAGUGGAGCCUUUGCCAGCUAACCUGUGUUAACGGUGAGGAUCUUGGCUUUGGAGGGAUACAAGUCCGGUCGCGGGCAGUCAUCAUUCAGGAAUUAGAAAACCAACAUCUCUGUCCAGAACAGGCUUUGGAAACAAGAUCAUGCAGUGAUGGCCAGUGCUAUGAGUACAAGUGGAUGGCCAGCCCGUGGAAGGGAUCUUCUCGAACCGUCUGGUGCCAAAGGUCAGAUGGCUUAAAUGUCACAGGGGGCUGCUUAGUGCUGCGCCAACCCGAUGCUGACAGGUCAUGUAACCCACCGUGCAGUCAACCCCACGCUUACUGCAGUGAGACUAGAACGUGCAGUUGUGAAGAUGGGUACACAGAAGUUAUGUCCUCUGAUGGCACGCUCGAACAGUGCACUCUCAUCCCAGUGGUGGUGAUGCCCACCAUGGAGGACAAAAAAGCAGAUGUGAAAACCAGUCGAGCUGUCAACCCUACCCAGCCCUCCAGUAACCCAUCAGGACGAGGAAGGACCUGGUUUCUACAGCCUUUUGGGCCAGAUGGGAGGCUGAAGACCUGGGUUUAUGGUGUAGCUGCUGGUGCAUUUGUUUUACUCAUCUUUAUUGUUUCUAUGAUCUAUCUAGCCUGCAAAAAGCCAAAGAAGCCCCAGAGGAGGCAGAACAACCGCCUGAAACCCUUAACCUUGGCUUAUGAUGGAGAUGCAGAUAUGUAAAAACAUAACUUCUCAUGGUGACAAAUGGAAUCUCAAUUAUUGGACUGAAGUCAGAAGGUAUCCAAAGCCACAGGGAUUUUCUAUGGAGUGGAUUAAGUGUUUUGACUUGUCUCUUUUUUUGUAACUGCGCCAUAGAUAAAGGAGGAUGGAUUUCAUAAUGCCCACGGAUACUCGAGCUAUUAUUGCUUUACUUUAGACCAUCAGCACUGAGAAAUCUGGCAGAAUCACGUUGAUAGACACUGCAGUUGGAUAUUUGUGGUCUUUCCUCAAUCUUAGAAACUCUCAGAACCACUUCUGUCUCCAGAACACUGUAGCUGACAUAGCAUUAACAGUUGGAAGCCCCCGAAACAUUAACCAAGUAUAAUCAGUACGCAUGAAGAGUUUGUACCGAGCUGACUAUGACUCUCUGUAUCCCAAGCAUAACAUGUACUCAGCUGAACCAUGUGUAUUACUCUCUCAGAUUAUAUACUUGUUACAGAGCAUUUUAGUGCUUAGUACGAUAGCAUCUUUUAACUGGGAUUAACCCACUGAGCAAGUUCAGCGGUUUGCCAGUUGAUGAUAACUUGUGCUAACCUGCGUUCCAGAGGGCAAUGACUCACUUGCAAAACUCUGUCCUAUUAUCACUCCAAAGUAUAAAGACCUCAUAUGUACAUCCAGAAAGGAGGCAUUCCAAGAUCCAGUAUUUUCUAGCUGUUGCUGUCUGGAAAAAAAAAAAGAGUACCCAUUGUAAAUGUUACGUUUCUACUUUCUCUUACUUCAAACUGUUGCCUGCAUCUUUUUUGCUACAUGUAAGGCAAAUUUUUGCACUAUAUUAGUGCAGCAUGAUAUGCACUUAACUAGUAUUGCCAUAGAAACUGCCUCUUUUCAGAAAGGAUGAUGAUGUAUCUUGUGCAAGGAGUGUCAGCUAAAGGAGGUCUUGAACCCUGAAGAGAGCAGCGUUCAGUUGGGACCCACAGCUGGAUGAAAUGGGCUAAGGACGUGUACUGCAGACACCAUUCCUCAUCACCACGGCCGUUUGUCUCAUGGCAGUAAGACAAGUGUCUAGUUUCUUGCCCCAGCUACCUAUACUGGUAUAGAUUGUCCUGCUGGUUUCUAAUUGUACUUUGAAGGCUGUUUAUGACUAGAUUUUUUAUAUUUGUUAACUUUGUUAGAAAAACAAAAAGAAAAGAAAAAGAGAAGUGGUUGCCCUGUAAUCUCCAGCGACAUACUUACUGUCUGCAAAGCUAUUCCCAUUGUUUGUUCCACUAAAAUAAAAUGGUUUGGGGUUUGGGUUUUUUCCUCUUUGUUUUUCCCUUCCACUAGUGAGAGCAUUUUCACUGUUGCUGACAGUGCAACAAUCAGAGCCCUUUUGUCUUUUCUAAUUAGGAUAAUGGGAUGGAUUCUUUUAAUUAUUCAGUUGAUGUCUUGAGUGUACUGGCAAGUAAACAGUCAGAUCGAUAGCUCUGCCAUCUUAAUACUCAUGACUUUUUUACAAGCUCUGGAAGUAUCCAAACUCACUGUUAACCUUUUCCAUAUUUAUGGCUUUUCAGUGGUAGGCUUCUGCUAGGAAGCUCAUUGACUUGCCACUGUCUCUCCAUGCCUGUGACAGAUGCGACUCAUGACCUGAAAAGGGUUAUUCUCAUCAGAUGGCUUCUGUGUGUAGCCUGAACAUAUAAGUGACUGUGCCACUAUUAAGCAAUACAAAGUUUUAUCAGAUAACCUCUCAAAAACAAUUGUAAUAUAAAGUUCAGUAUUAGGCUCUCAGGUCUUUUUUAUAACCUACAGCACUUCUGCCUGCUCAUCAUGGUAUUUACUCAAGGAGCACCAGUCUUUGAACACUGACUAAACCUGUGGCUUUGCAAACUUUGGCCCAGAUCCACUGAAACUAGUGACAAGACUCUGGUGGGUGUCAAUGGGUAACAUCAGCCUUAAAAAAUACCUUCUCUCGUUCCACAGAGAAGAAUUCUUGGAGCCUGUGGGCAGUUUGUGUAACAUUUGAGAUGUCAUGGUCCUGCUUUACCUUUGCUAAGUUAUGUGAGCAGUCUAGUGUUACUGCAUCAAGAAAAUGAGUUGCUUCCCACUGCCUAUUCUCCUAAUAUGCAUGAUGAGCAGAGAGGAAGAGUAGUAACAAUCUAUUGUAGAGGUUUAAUUUCUCAUUUCAUACCUUGAUCUGGCUGCAGCUGAUGAAGAUCCCCCACAGCCUCCUGCCACAGCAGUGGUCCAUUCAUGUGUGAUCUGCAGGACUGAGGGCUUUGGUCUUAACACUUUGUAAAAAUCCAUAGGUUUAAAAAUAAAAAUAACCAGCAAAUCCAAAUCUUGGUGAUUUUAAUUCUGCAUUCUUGAGUGGGAACGAAGAAAAGCCUAGGUGAUUUUGUCAGGCAUCCAAAAAGCAACAUAGAAAAGUUGUAAACAAUGAUAACUGUCAUGUGGAGACGUAAAGCUUAAUCAUGCUUUCUGUGCUCUUAGAAGUCUCUGCUGUCAAAUAGUAUUGGACCAAUAGGGAAUUGAGGGAACAGAGCCUCUUCCACUGGCAAUUAGUCAUCUUCAUUCAUUAUACUGGCUGGUCUGAGCAGGAGCUGUUGCCUAAUUCUUGCCUCGAGGAUUUUUAAGGUCCUUCGUCUUGAUAAGAAGUUAAUGAACUCGAAGUUCAAGGUUUGUGAUCUCCUUAGUCUCAUUCUACAAAAUGAAGAAAGAACUAGGAGGGUUGGGUUUAUUUUAGAAGUAUGCUUGGCCUUUGCAGUCCACACAAGUGGUUUCUUUUCAGUCGGCGUUGUGUUUUUAUAUCUGGUCGGUGGAUUUUGCUGGUGCAGACCUGCAUCAUCCUAGUGCUGCAUUUAAAAAAAUCUAGAGUGCAUUUGUAUUAUAUUUAUUUAUUUUAAAUGAACAAAAUGCACAGAAGUUUGAAGCCAAAAUUGACUUACCUUAUUACGAAGGAAACAAAAAUAUAUUGGGCUAUAACGGAGGGCUGAAGUUUUAUGUGAAGUUAAAAUAUUGCAAAGUGAUAGGUUGGACUGGAUGAUCUUGGAGGUCUCUUCCAACCUGGUUGAUUCUAUGAAAGGUCAUGAAGCCCUUUAGCACUGAAACAGAAAUAAAUAGUAGGUGAAUUAUUAGAGGUAAAGAAAAGCAAAGCAAUUUGCUUUAACAGGAACAAAGAAAACCAUCAGAGUGCUUCUACAAAUCCCAGUGCCUAAAGCAGCCACUACCAUAGGUUGUUAGUUUGUGAAAGUAAUGUUUCCAGUGAGCAAAUAAAACAUUCAGAAGCUAGCAAAAGUAGCUCUUUUCCUGUCGAUGUGGUGGUUUGUAUUUUCCUUUUUAACUCUGUAGUUUCUAGAUGACUGUGUCUGCUUUGAGUCCUGGAGCGGUUCCUUUGCGAACCUUGGGCGCAACUGCACAAGUUUGUUUUAUAUGUGGUAUGAAGCAUCCGUUCUGAACCCCCUUUCCCUCUGCCAAAAUAGGAGAAAGGUUUGUUUUCCUGAGCCUGCCAUCUGAAGAGACCAAUUGGGGAAAAACAAAAACACCCUCUUGUGUAUAAACCACUGUAAGAUAUACCUGGACUGAAAUGGAAAUCUGUCUUUUUAACCUUUCUGUAAAUUCUGCUCACCCGAGGAAAGUUAAGAGUUUAUUUUGCCUAACUUCAUUUACUUGAAUAUUUAUUUUGUAGAACGAGGAGGCAGCUGUCUGAGGAAUGUUCACCUUUUGGGUGUUUUUUGGGGGAGGGUGUUAAUGUUCAUUUGUAAAUUGUGUAAUGCAUUUUUAUUUUUUCAAGGAUGUAUAUUUCUUUUGUUUGGGUUUUUUUUUUUCCUUUUUGUUUUUCUUUUGUAAUGCACAAAAUGUUUAUUUACAACUACUGCAAAUUUGUGUAUGUUGUCACUAAGCUUUAUUCAGUUCUUACAGAUGACAUGAAAAUGUAACAAAGCCUUACAUUUUCAGCUGGGUUAUUUUUACAUAACUGAUGUAUUGCUGACAAUAAAUAUAAACACAAAAAUCA